AUGAACUAUGAACUUUGUGAAACUCUAAACGGCAAUCGCCAGCAGUGGCGUAGCGUGGGUUUUAAGAAAGUUUAUGGAUUUUCAGAUAUUAAUGUUUUAUCAAAUAAUACUUCAUUUAUACCUGAAGAUAAUAAAUGAAUAAAAAAUGAAAUACAUAAAAACAAUAAAACAAUUGAUAGUAUCAAUAAAGUUAAUGAUGUACAAACUCAAACAUUUAGUUUUGAUUUUCAGCCAGACUUAAAUUAUCAUCCAGGACCAAGUCCUAGUAUUUUACUUCAAGCACUAACUACAUCAAAUGCAAAUGAUGGAAUUGAUUUGGAACGUUUGGAAACAAUAGGAGAUUCGUUUUUAAAAUAUUCCGUUACCGCUUACUUAUACUGUACACACAAUAAUGUUCAUGAAGGAAUACUGAGCGAUCUUAGAUCAAAUCAUGUCAGUAAUUUGAAUUUGUAUCGUCUUAGUAAAUUAAAAAUGUUUGGUGAACGUAUGAUAUCUACAAAAUUUGAGCCAUGUAGUAAUUGGCUACCACCUUGUUAUAUUGGACCGCAUAAGUUAGAAAAAGCAUUUAAAGUCAUUAAUUCUAAUAUAUCAAUUACUCAACAAAUUAUUAAUGAUAAAAUUAUUGCUGACUGUGUAGAAGCUUUGAUUGGUGCUUAUUUGAUAUCUUGUGGUACUCGUGGUGCAUUUCUACUUAUGUCUUGGCUUGGCAUAAAAGUAUUAAAUAGAUUAGAUGAUUCAAAAUUAGGUUAUCUCAAACCGCCACCUUCUCCACUGCUACGUAAUGUCAAUGAUCCUGAAGGUGAAUUAACAAAGUUAGUGGAUGGAUUUGAAACUUUUGAACAACAUUUAGGAUAUCGUUUCCAAGAUCGUAGUUAUCUAUUACAAGCAAUGACUCAUGCUUCUUAUUAUCCCAAUUGUUUAACUGAUUGUUACCAACGAUUAGAGUUUAGGGGUGAUGCAGUUUUGGAUUAUUUAAUUACACGACAUUUAUAUGAAGACAAAAAAAGACAUUCACCUGGAGCUUUGACUGAUCUUCGUUCAGCACUAGUUAAUAAUACAAUAUUUGCAGUCCUUGCUGUUAGAAAUGGUUUUCAUAAGUAUUUAAAACAUUUAUCUUCUGGUUUGUCUGAAGUUGUUUAUAGAUAUGUAGCUAUCCAAGAAGAUAAUGGUCAUACUAUUGAUGAAGAGUUCUGUUUCUUGGAAGAAGAUGAUUUUGAAGAUGCUGAAGAUGUUGAGGCACCGAAAGUCCUUGGUGAUAUUUUUGAAUCAAUUGCAGGAGCAAUUUAUUUGGAUAGUAAUAUGUCAUUAGAUGCAGUAUGGAAAGUUUAUCAUAAAAUAAUGGAAAAUGAAAUAAAACAGUUUAGUAAAAACGUACCAAUAUCUACUGUCAGAGAGCUUCUAGAAUUAAAACCAAAUACUGCUAAAUUUAGUAAACCUGAAAAAUUAGCAGAUGGUAGACGUGUCCGGGGUGUAGUUGAAAUACUCAGCAACGGAGGAUAUAAAGGCAUUGGUCGUAAUUGUAGAAUCGCAAAAUGCACAGCAGCCAAAUGCGCCUUAAAGCAUCUAAAGGAAAAGAUAAAGAAAUAG